AUGGCCAGGGUCUCCUGCGGGUCAGUGCUGGCUGGCUGCUCACUUGACCACUGUCUGGAGGAAACUGGCCCAGACACAGCCAGCCAAGCACAAAACCCUGCUCACUGUCCUUCCUUGGCUGAUUUCUGGGCCCUCUUGGCAGCCUGCCACAGACACAGCAGGAAACCUCUGUUGCCGAAGAAGUUCAGACAGGAACUAGCCCAGAACGCCCGGCUGCUGCGCACGUCCCGCGGGGACUACCGCGACCACCAGGACCCCAGCAAAAUCCCUGAGAUGACAGGCAGCAACAUCAACAGCACAGAGGAGAAAAAGCAAAGCAAAUCACAGCAGCUGAAAAAGGUUUUUCAAGAAUACGGCGCUGUUGGCGUGUCACUGCACAUCGGAAUCUCACUGGUCUCCUUGGGCAUAUUUUACAUGGUAGUUUCAAGUGGUGUGGACAUGUCUGCAGUCCUGCUUAAACUGGGAUUUAAAGAGUCGCUGGUACAGUCAAAAAUGGCAGCAGGCACAAGUACCUUCGUGGUGGCCUAUGCGAUCCACAAGCUGUUUGCACCAGUGAGAAUCAGCAUCACCCUAGUCUCUGUGCCCUUGAUUGUCAGAUAUUUUCGGAAAGUGGGAUUUUUUAAACCUCCAGCUGCGAAACCUUAAUGAACUCUUCCAUCAUAGGCACCGAAAACCUAUUUCUUUUAAAUUACACAAUUUGGAUUGGUUGUAGGUUAUAGGGUUUAUUUGGGGGGGGUACAGGGAGCUAAUUGCUAAGUUCUUGUGGAUAAAUUUUACUUUUGCCAGCAAAAGUCAGGCUUUUGAAUAAUUAUAUUUUGCUUCAUACAUUUUGUUAAUGCUGUUCAUCACAGGACUUGUAGACAUACUCUUAAAUGUCACAAAUGAGUUAACAUCUCAAAACAAAGUGGCCCAUAAAAUGUUCCUUCUGGAAAGAUCUUCCUUCUGAAAGAUCUUUGGUGAAGAUCUGUAAAAGC